GGCACGCCGGCUGUCGCGUGAUAACAUUUAGGUGCGUUGCUAACUUCGAGCUGCCGUCAAACUCGCAAUUCCUUCGUCAAGGGACGUCGCGAGGUGUGACGCGAGAAACGAUACGCUCGGGGGGUGAUAUCGCGCGGGUGCACGAGUGUAUAUGGGAGGGAAGGUUAGGGUGAGUUUAGAAGGCGUUCCCUGAAAGAGCGGACUUUGCAAAGAACAGGAGAAUUUAAAGUUCUCUCUAACGAGCCGCGAUUGUCGUAACUUUCUCGUAAUAAUACUUACCUCUCGGUGAAACAACAACGACACCUGCUGAAACAACAUCCGGUUUGAAAAGCUGACGAAGAUGAGAUAUAUACGGGAGAGAAUGAAGUAAUGAUCGACUGAAAGGACAGUCGACUCAUGUAAUCUCGUGGCACAGUCAGAAUGAGCUCCUGGAUGAAUUGUCCGUCCUCGUUGCUACUGCUGGUGCUGGGCUGGCUGAGCCUGCACAGCGCGUGCAUCACGCGGGCCAACGUCGCCGCCGGGCAACACGGCGAGCCGCGCGACCCGCUGGUGGUGGAGACCAACAGCGGUCUGAUACGCGGCUUCUCCCGCACGGUGAUCGACCACGAGGUGCACGCCUUCUACGGAGUGCCGUUCGCGAAGCCGCCGAUCGGGCCGCUGCGCUUCCGCAAACCGGUGCCGAUCGAGCCCUGGCACGGGAUCCUGAACGCGACCACGUUGCCCAACAGCUGCUACCAGGAGCGCUACGAGUACUUCCCCGGCUUCGAGGGCGAGGAGAUGUGGAACCCGAACACCAACAUCUCCGAGGACUGCCUCUACCUGAACAUCUGGGUGCCGCACAAGCUGCGGCUGCGGCACAAGGCCGGCGAGGGCAACGCCGGCGGCAUGGCGAUCCUGGUGUGGAUCUACGGCGGCGGUUUCAUGAGCGGCACCGCCACCCUCGACGUUUACGACGCCGAUUUCAUGGCCGCGACCAGCAACGCGAUCAUCGCCUCGAUACAGUACCGGGUGGGGGCGUUCGGCUUUCUCUACCUGAACCAGCACUUCGGCAAGGGCAGCGAAGAGGCGCCGGGCAACAUGGGCCUCUGGGACCAGGCGUUGGCGCUCAAAUGGCUGCGCGACAACGCGCCCGCCUUCGGCGGCGACCCCGAGCUCAUCACGAUCUUCGGCGAGUCCGCCGGUGGCAGCUCCGUCUCCCUUCUCCUGAUCUCGCCGGUCACGCAGAACCUGGUGCGCCGCGGCAUUCUCCAGAGCGGCACCCUCAACGCCCCGUGGAGCUACAUGAGCGGCGAGCGGGCGAACGAGGUGGCGCGGGUGCUCGUCGACGACUGCGGCUGCAAUUCGACGCUGCUGCUGGAGAACCCGGCGCGAGUGAUGGCCUGCAUGCGCUCGGUCGACGCCAAGACCUUGUCCGUGCAGCAGUGGAACAGCUACAGCGGCAUCCUCGGCUUCCCCUCCGCGCCUACCGUCGACGGUAUCUUCCUUCCCGAGGACCCGCUCGACCUGGUCCGCGAGGCGAUCUUCGAGAAGACCGAGAUUAUGAUCGGAAACAACCAGGAUGAAGGAACGUACUUCAUUCUGUACGACUUCAUCGACUUCUUCGAGAAGGAUCACGCCAGUUUCUUGGACCGAGACAAGUUUCUCAACAUCAUCAAUACCAUCUUCAAGAACAUGUCACAAAUUGAGCGGGAAGCCAUCAUUUUCCAAUAUACCGAUUGGGAACGGAUAAACGACGGCUAUCAGAAUCAGAGAGCGAUCGCGGACAUCGUCGGCGAUUACUUCUUCAUCUGCCCGUCCACGUACUUCGCGGACUUGUUCGCAGCCCGCGGCAUGAAGGUCUACUAUUACUUCUUCACGCAGAGGACGAGUACCAAUGUGUGGGGCGAAUGGAUGGGCGUAAUGCACGGUGACGAAGUGGAGUACGUCUUCGGGCACCCGCUCAACAUAUCCCUUGAAUACACCGACAAAGAGCGAAAUCUAGCAUUGAGAAUCAUCGGUCACUUCUCGGAAUUCGCGUACAAAGGUGUGCCAACGGCGGUGGAAUCCGACUGGCCGGCGUACACCAAGGAACAUCCGCAGUACUUUAUCUGGAACGCGGAGGAGACCGGCUUUGGCAGAGGUCCCCGCACGACGGCUUGCGCAUUUUGGAACGAGUUCCUGCCGCGAUUGAAGAGAGUUCCCGACCCAACGCCCGAGGCGUGCAACAGCGCGAUGGCGUCGAGCAUCUCGGCGGGCGUCGGCGAGCUGCGUGCAUCACCGAUCGCGUCCAUCCUGCUGCUUCCGGUGCUGGCGAUAUACAGACUCGUGUAAAGGUCGCUUGCUCACCCGUGUCGGCGAACGAACCCCUUCUCACGGCUGGCAAGUACUUGGCUGGACGGAAAUGCUCCACCGGCCGACAAACAGGUCCCGUUGUCUAACGCUUCGAAGGUCGCGUUUAACGGUCGUCGAAAGCACUCGUAGAGAUCGAUAGGUCCGUUUUCUCAUCAGCGCCGUGACGUUUUGCGAAUGAUAAUCAGAGCGUCUCGUAGUGGCUCCUCGAUUGACCUAGCCCUGCGAUCCGCCAUUCUCGGCUCGUAAUUUCCGGGAUAAGAGGGAGGGGGGAGCCGGAAGAGCGCGACGCUGCUUUGGGAUUCGAUUUCAACAACUCGCCCGGGGGGCAUACCAGCUUCGUCGGUCCGCUGCUACUUCUCUUUUCAGCCGUCCGUUGGGAUCUACGACAACCUCUGGAAGUCGCGAUCAACGACGGGAGUCUCUGUCCGUGACGAUAGGCACGUGUCGUUCCGAAUUGUGAUCGAUGGGGAACUCAUCAUACGCCAUCGUCGAAUCGAUCGACGGCGGUCGCGGCGGGAUUAUUAAAAGGCGAUUUAAAACGGACGAAGGAAAUGAUUUCGUGAGGCGGAGGGGCCUCUCGUCGGAUCUGGGAAACGCAGGUGGCGGAUGAGCAGCGGCGAUCGCACGAGGUUUAAUGGAUUACAUAAUCGACGAUCGGGCGCGACCGCAAUUUCGGGAUUCUCGCGGGAUCAGAUUAAACGAGGGGAGAUCAGCUCCGGGAUUUAUUGCGUCGCGGCAAUAAACUCACUAAUGCGCCUUGUAAGCCGUGUCGCACGCGAGCGCGUUCCUCCUCGUUAUCGUCGCAACCAAACCAUUACUACUACUACAAUUAUACUACUACUAUUAUUACUACUAGUAUUGCCGCUGCUGUAUACGUGAGAUAUCAAUUUCACACUGCGAAGAGUAGCGGGAGGGCAACAGCGGAAAUAGCGGGCUUAGUAGGAGGAAAUUGUCAGCGUGAAGAGGCUAAAGGACACGAUUAUCAGCGAUCCGCGAGCGAUCAAUCCCACGAAUGCGAGCCAAUCACAGCCGUCGGAGUUUCGUUCGUGAAAGUCGCCCGGGCGCGAGAAUUGAAGAUGGAUGGCGUUUAUUCUGCAUGUCGUGUGUCAAGUCCCGGCGCGCAUCGACGACUGUUGCUCGAAGAGACGGACAUUUUGGCAGCGAACGAUUUUUCCAUCUAUCCUUCGAUCGGUGGGUCGCGAUGGAGACGAUCGGAGCGGAGGAAGGAAGAAUAGGGAGUUUUUAGAAGAGUUUAGAAAUAAUUGUCCACGCGCGGCCGACUAUAUCGCUGAGAAGCGAAAGAAAAACAAAAUCGAGGAAAAGGAGAACGUCGACUUUGUGAGCGGAGUAGAUGUAGGUCUUUACAUUAUUAGCGAUGAGCCUUAGGACACUCACACACGGAGAUUUAGAGCGGACGAUCGUACGCUACACUGGUUAAUAAAGGACACAACGCGACUACGGCGGGUACCACGUCGCCGUUUUAAAGACGCUGACUUUCAAUCUUGAAGAUACAGUAACAACUCGAGGACCUAAUAGACAAUACCGAUCUGCUUACCGUAAACUAUCGCACAAACUGUCGGCCCUAAAUCAUCACUUAGCAGUGGACGUUAACUUGACGCGCGGGGAGAAAAGAGAGCUUCUUCGCAUUUUCAUCCAACCGCACUAGACACUCCGCUCUCUUCGGCACGCAUGUUGGCCUGGGCAACGGGCAGCCGGGAUUAGCAGAGAGAUCAAAUUGCGACCGCGAAGAGCCACGUCGAGCAACAAUACACCGAGAGAUCGAUCCGAGUGGCCGCGAGACUUUCAAUUUCCACGCGAUUAGAGCCAUCCGGACGACAUUCGCCGCACAUUGAUCCAAUUUGAUCGCGCGAUCGAGUCAGCAGGGGUGUCACCCGAUCCAGUCGUUCCUGGAUGAGAAUAAGGACGGUGUGAAACGCACUCUUAAUGCCUUUCUAUGUCUAUCUUAAUGCCUGAACUAAUUUCAUAUUAAAAAUUCCUUGUUAUCGCACUGACGCAUGUACAUUUAUAAAAUAAUAGAUUUAAAACGUUAAAGUGAAAUAUUGUAGCAAAAAACUUGUAAAAAGCACGUUUACAACGAUAACUAUCACGACAGAUGUGGAAAAGCCUAUAGUCAAUAGACUAAACGACGUGCUGGGAAUAAUUUUGUUCGUUUACGCAAAAUUUCGUUGAUUCGAUCACUUUUCCUUCUCAGUAUAAUAUUAGUGAAAUCAAGCCAGCUGUGGAAAUCGUCGUAGCGACGGGCAUUGCGCUUACGACCGCGACCCAUAUUACAAUAGGUAUAGAAGGGCUUUACAGGGUGCGAAUUACAAUAACAAUGUUCCGUUAGUUCUCCCUCUCUCUCUCUGUCCCUCUUACGUUCUCUGCAGUUCUCCCUGACGCGCUUUCUCCCAAAAUUUCUCGGCAGAAUCAAGGACUCCGCGAUGAAGCGGAGUAUACACUCCACCGCGCGCGAAAAGCUCGAGAGCGUCUUCCGAGAUGAAGGCCGGGUUUCCCUCGAAGGGGUAAACACAUCCCCCCGCAACGAAGAUUCUCCGGACCGUUUUCGGCAAGAUACACUCGCCGAAAUUGGACGUACGCGCUCGUCCACGACUCUCGUUUAUCAUCGCGUUCGGAAAAAAAGUUCUCGAAAACACCAUCCGCACCACAGCGGGGUGGUUUACGCUUUCGUUUCACGGUGACCUCGGAGUCCUUAAUUUCCAGCGCGAGCUCGUUCGAAUCGGUGCGAUGAUAUCGCGUGCAUUAAGCCGCGCAGCUCUUCGUGUGGAGGGAUCCGAAAUCAAUCGCCCGAUUCGGCCGUUUUAUUACGAGCGAGUGACGCCACGAACUUCCUCCUCAGAUAAGAUCGAGGAGGUAAAGUGGUUCCCAAUGCAAAUGCGCCAGGGAGUCGGAGGCGCAUUAAGCGCGCUCGUCCCGAUGUUUUAACAUUUUAUUGAAACGCAACCGUCGGCCGAUGGAAAUCUGAAUAAACGCGUCGCCGUAAAUUUCGACGGAAAUGGUACAAGUGUCGCAUUCGUGUGCGUAAAAGCGAGCGAGCGAACGAAUGAGCGAAAGAAUUGUGUGCGCUUCUUUUUAUUGUCCCGUGGGAAAUGCCAGGCAUUUUUAAGUUGAACGUAAAGAUUGUCUCUGCGACGCAAGCGCUCACGUACGAUAAAAGCGAUGUGUUCGUGCAACGAAAAAAGUAAGAGAGAAAGAAGAGAAAAUGGUCCUUCGGAAAUAAAAAAUCUCAUUUUCGCAAAUUAGGUGAACUGCCCAAUCACUGGCAAUCAGAUCGGCUAUUCGCGUGAGGCAAAGAGAGAGAGAGAGAGAGAGAGAGAGAGGGGACAUCUAAUUAGUCGUAGUUUCCCGCUUGUUUAUCACCGACCAAUUGAUCCGUCUGUCCCGUUACGAGACUUUUUAAGCGCCUAACGAGGAUCUAUCAAUGUAGCGGCGAUUAUUGAGAGAAAGAUAGAGCGAAAGGGAAAAAGAGAGGCGGUUCGCGAGUUUUGCAGCCGAAGUUUCGCUAGAUAUAAUAAAGACACGGAGGUACGACGAAGGGGGACGAAACUCGCGUCAAUCGAAAUGCUGACGUCGAAUCAUUAUACCGAGGCGACCGUAGCGAAAAAAAACCAUGGAAUAUCUGUCAGCUGUCGAAAUCAUCGUUAGGACGGUGCACGCGCGCGACAACGAUAAAGACGGUGUCACUUUUCGACGCGUAACACGAAACGAGCGGAAAGUUAGGAGCGAGAAAAGGAUAGAAAGAUGAGAGAAAGAAGAAAAGAUAAAACGUGACAGAUACAUAUACAUACGCAUUACUGUUAAGCGAGAUGUACAUAUACACAACACACAUAUAUAUAUAUGUAUGUAUGUAUGUAUAUAUACAUAUAUAUAUACACAAAUUGUAUGUAUAAAUAUACCGUGUAUCGUAUCCAGAUAAUGUGUGGCGUCGCACACGAGACGGGAUCUAGUUAUCGUAGGCUUAAAUGUCACGGCACCAUGCAAUUCCGCAACAAUUCGCCGCGCGACCUCAGAGGUCGCAGCAGCGAUUUUAGUCUAAUCAAUGAAGUUUUGAAGAAAGGGUUCUUAUUAGUUUCCGCAUCGCGGUCGAAAGGAAGAAGAAGAAACGGAAGAGAGAGUGCGACCCAAAGCCAUCGAGUCGCUUCUCCCUUCCCGUCUCGUCGUCGUAACCGAAGCGAGAUGUCGAGCGCGAGAGCAACUCGCGAGCUCGUUUGAUUCCUAAUUAGUCGGCACAGGUCCAAAUUGGCCUGACACAUGGGAACAAUCCGUCGGUCCGUUUGCGCGAUCAUAAUGACGCGUCUGCGUGACACGUCGGAUUCUCUCGUCGCAGUAUCUCGGAGUAAAGUCUGAAUCAAUGCAGUUCCAUUUUCUAGGUGCAGUGACACCGAAAAUCUCCAAUCAGGCGCAUCAUUUCGAAAUACUUGUACAUCAUGACUGUAGUUUUGGAGCAUCAUUGUCAACUCACUGAAUGAUCGACAGUCGUGAUGCACGAAUAUUCAAUCACAUCCGAUUGGAAGUUUCCGGUGUCACUGUACCGGGCGAAUAAAACUGCAUUAAUAGAGUCUCUUGUACAGUGAGAAGCAAAACAACCUGGAUGCGUUUAAAUUUGGAGCGCAAUAAAUUAUUACCACUGAGCGUGCCAUCAUUGCCGACGAGCUUACGAUCGAUUAUGAUAGGAGCCAAAAUGGCAGUAAAGAGUUUUCUCCGGGCGAGAUGAGGGCGCGCGUAUUUACUACGCGACACGACUCUAAGAAUCGACCAUCUUCUCUGAAAGCUAGCGUGUAACAGAUUCCGUUCAUGAUUCACGCGUCGUGGUAUUUAUAUAUACAUACAUAUGCCAUGUGUACAGGGUGUCCUAUAUAAAUUAAGCAUCUAGGGUCGUUGUAGAGACGGUGGGAGGAGAAGAACGCUGAGAAACGUCUGCGUUGCGCUUGGUGGAUCCUCGUGGUAUCGAUUUCGGGGAUUCGCUCUCGGAUUGACUUCGGUGUCGCAGGGCGGAUUUUCUCGCGGUCAAUCGGUUCCUCGGUUUCUCAUUAUUUAGUUUCGACCCCUGCGCGUCCGGAUGAGCUCUGAAGUAUUUCGACGACUGCAUUUAGUGCGGAACAAACGGUACGAGCGGGUGGUAUGGCGCAAAAGGAUUAAAAAAAGAAAGAAGCGCUGGGAAUUCCAAGUAGAGUGAAAUUUCAUUUGGAGCUUCCGCACCGGACGUUAGAAUGCGCGCGGUCUCGUCAUCUGCUCGCUCGCUCGCCCAAACAUCCCUCUGUAUUCAGCCGCGAUACACGCGUUUGCAGUACGUUUGCAAACAAUCGAAUUUCUCCGCUUUGAUCUGAAAUUGAUACCUCUCGUAUCAACGCCUCGAGCGACUGUCAGCCGGGACACGUAUUCGCGACUUCGCCAGGAGUGUCCUCCGCAGAUCGAAACCCGAUCUCCGCCGGACUGCUUUAGAAUAUGCGACGCAUUAAGGGUAUAUGGGUAUAUACCGAGCGAACGAACAAUGAACGAAAAGCAAGUAGGAUAUUUCGUUGUUACGGUUAAGAAAAUGGGUACAUACAGAACAAUUUCACUAUACCGCUAAGAAAAGCGUUAUAUUCAAUAAAGAAUAUUUUCUUGAUAAUAGCCUUAAAAUAUGUUCAUCACAAAUUUUAAACAAGCUCGUUAGCACGUACUUAAACGAAAGAUUUAUUCUCUUUUCAAGAUUAUUAUAAAACUUGACUGAAGAGAGAAAGAUUAGAUCACCGGUUAAUUUCAAUCAAACACAAUCCAAUUUUUGUUUAAUAUUCUCAAUUGAAAUAAAGUACCAAGCUUACUAAGAUUUAGAAUAUAUUUUAAAUAAAUUUGUGCGUGAUGCUUACGAUAAACUUCUUAUAUAUUUGCGAAUAUAUAAACUUAUAAAGUUCGUAUAUUUUUAUAUAUUUUUUCAGUAUAUACCUCUUAACGGACAGGACGUUUGACUUGCAGUCGAACCGAUUCCCUUAUGAGGCGGUUAAUUAAAGAACGUUCGUAAAGAUACAAUGAUCUUUGUUUGAUUCGUUUGAGCUUUUGACGUAUACCGAUUGGUAUAUAUUUGUAGUAUUCUUAAAACGGUAUCAGCAAAUGUUCGUUCGCUCACUGUACACUCACUUUGAUGUGUCUUCUUAUUUCGACACUCCGGAAAAUCGCCGAUACGACGCGGAGUUGGUGGUGCCGAUAGUCCUCGGUAUGUGCGAAGUGUAUAUGCAGCUGGGGAUAUUUCAGAGCUCGCGCAUCAUUUCCACUCUGUUACCGAAGGUAACGUCGCGUCACGUCACUCACGUCAGGUCACGUCGUCGUAACUCGACGACGAUUCGUCAACGCAAUACGUCGCGAGGUAGUUAGUCGGUUUAGGUUGAGGAGUAUCUCGUCGACACACACCACAACCUAAAUUUCGUACCUGUCGUACGCUCAAGGCGCGUCGGCAAAGUAAUCUUCCAUUUCUUACAUAUCAUAUACAUAUAUAUAUAUAUAUGUAUACAUAUGCGCGUGUGUAUGGGUAAAUGCGAGAGCGUGAGUAUUUCGUAUAUCAGCGAUCGGCGCAGACCGUUAAGCAGUAUCGAUCCACACUGAUCAAAAUGAGCGGCAUGAAAGAUAAAAUAGAGAGGUAGAUAGAGAUAAAAAGAGGGGGAGGGAGAAGUGAAAAAAGAACGAAGACUUAGUAUUUUAAUUAAUCGAGCGAGGCGAGAGAGACUAUUUUCUGUAGAUCUACCAUCGGCUCUAAUGUCCAUCGGCUUAAGGGGAGAUAAUAUCUUAUCAUAUCGGUGGCAGCAUUGCGUGUCAGAGGUCAUGAUGAAAAUAUACGGUGUCUCUCGACAGUGUGAGGGGGGAGUAUAUAUGUCUUCUCCCGAAUCAUCUACACGAUACGCAACUCAGAAUUCAUGCUCGUAAGUGCGGAAUACGUCUUUCCUUGAAGAAGGAGGAGGAUCGUCGUUUCGCGACGAAAAUAGCGCAGAAUCUAUAAAUGCGAAAUUGAAAUUCAACCUUAUUCGAUCCGCGAGAGUGACGAAAUUAGCGUUCAAUCACUCGGCCCUUCCCCUGUAAUUCAGCCGUCUGCCCUGCGUCUUGGCGAAGUUGUCUGAAUAAGUAAGACGCUUAUCAUAGAUAAUUCACUCUUAAUAAAAUACGCGAAUGUCAUUGUUUAUCCGCGCCGACGACGGGAGCGGAUUCUCGCGUGCGCUCGUUCUUUACUACCGCGGAUUUACGACGGGAAAAAUACGGUACGUAUAAACCGGUAAAUACGGAAAGAUCCGAAAAAAGGAAUCCGAGGAAACGCGCGCUGCAUUAUCUUGAUAUAUCGCGGCGCGGGGAUAUUUCGCCGAUAAAUCGAACGCCGCCACCGCGUGGCAUCGCAAAAAUCGGAAAACAUCAUCGCGCGAAAAUUCAUUAUUCAAGAACACCGUCGUCGUCUCGUGUCGAAGAGUAUUCUUUCCUGUCUCUCUUCCGCGUUCACCGACAAAUGCCCAAAAUACCGCGCUUCAUUUCAUUCAAUUCGAUGUUUCACCGGACAUUUUCUUAACCAGGCAUUAACGCGUCAGAGCGACAAAAGCCAUUUCCGAACACUGUGUGAGAAACAUUAUUUUUGCUCUUAUAGAAGAAGAUAUAUUUGAGACCAAAAAUAAUUAUUUUAGCGGGAUUUCUCUCAGUGCAUGUGUUAUUUAUAGUAUUUUACAGUCUACUAUAUUAAAAAAUUUAUUAUGUUGCAUAAUAAAAUAAACUCUAUUUACUGUAGACUAUUCCUGCACUACUAGAAAAUACGAUAAUAUUGGAAAGGAUUAAUUUAUUUAUGAAAGAAGCGCGCCUGUUCGCGCUAUUUAUGCUGUUCCCGUACGAUAUGAAUGACCCAGAUCGGAAUGAUUCGCGUCUAGCCUUGCACGUUAAUACGUGAUCAUGUGAAAUCGUGAAAUAUUCAAUCAAUCGCAAAAUACGAUUUUUCUUCUUCUAUUAUUUUUUUGUUUUCGGCACCUCAAAAACAAGGGAAAAAAGAUGCGAUGAAUAAAUUUUUAAAUACUCGUUCCAGCCGUACAUCAUUGACAUCGUUUCGCUUCUUUGACGCGUCGCGUCGUGAUAACGCUCAAACGAUGACGCGAUCGCAUAUAUCGCGUAACAGCGCUUUUAACGGCUGAUUUAAAUUCGAGCCCGCGCGCAAUUCUCCCCAACCCUCCCGUGCGUGCUCGCGUUCGUGUGAAAACAUUUCGCCAUUACGGAUAUGAAACCGGAAUCGCUCUCGAAAUCGCGCCGCACGACGUGGAGGAUUGUCCUCGCAACGACGAUGAGUUGCUAUUUUAUAUAACUGGAGAAUGAAAUGAGAGGGAUGGCGUUGAGAAAGGUCGGUACGACAUCCAUCGAUUCGCGGUCGGGUCAAGCGAAAAUUGCGAAGAUCGAUAAUCGACGAGCACGUGCGGGCGAACGGGGUGGAGAUAUAUAACGAUCAGCAAUUUUUCAGAAUUCGCCCUGCCCGGGAGUACCUUAAUGCCCAUCAAAAGGCGAGUUACGAGCAAUUUGCGCACGGCGGAUGCGCCGCGUUAAAUCGUUCUCCUGAAAUCCGGUGAUGGAUCACAAAGGCGUGACCUCAUUUCCUUCCCGAUGACACUGUCGGGAGUACCAGAUGCUCCUGCACAACUUCGUCACUCUGACGAGGCAAUCUGCCGCGUUCUUGUGUCAACGAGCAGCAGCGGCGCAACGAGAGACACCCCGCGUGCGCGCCUUGAGAGCGUGUUUAAUUGCACGGACGUAUCUGAUAGAAAUCGCUCCGGUGUCGUUUCUCUCUCUCUCUCUCUCUCUCUCUCUCUCUGCAUUUUUCGAAAGAAGAGUCGCUGCUCAGCUUGCGCUCGUAGCUCAGGAAACGGACGCGUGCGCAGCACGCAAGUAAAAGGAUUCGUCGUCAUUCAGGUAACGUAGCCUGGAACGAAAAGGUACAGAGAGAGAGAGAGAGAGAGAGAGGAGGAAAGAACCCCCUUCUCGCAGAUCGAUGCGCAAGGUUAAGCGAAUCAGAUUAUCGGGGGUUUCCAAACACUCGUACUUGCGUAAGAGACAGGAGAGAUAGCAAAACGGAGAUAAAAAAGUGGACGUGUUCGUUCCGAAAAAUACGAAUCUCGGAGGUCGAUAAUUGAAAUUGUUUCCGGAUACCGAGACGAUCUACCGAAAUAUAACUUUAUCCCGGAAUAUUUAUUCAUUUAUUUAUGGAAGUCACACUAUCAAAAUAAAUCAAUAAAGAGACAAUGAAGAAUACAAUUUUCCUAAUAUAAUAAUCUGGUCUAUUUACGUAUACUUAUCUACUUUCAUGUAUCUUUAACGAGUUUCUUUGUGUAUAAAAUGGAUUUUUCUUAAGUUAAAUAAAUAAACAAAUAAUAUUAAUAAUUAUAAGAUUAUUAAAAAACGAGAAGAAAGAGUAUUUAAUAAUGCACGGAUUUAAUAAUGCGAUAAUAAUGAAUUGAAUAAGGACAAAAAUGAAAUUAAAAUAUUUAUUUAUUAUUAGUCCAGAUGCUUCGAGAUCCGAACCCUUUUCUUGAUAAUUAUAUGCUUUCAAUGUUACGGAAAAGUCAUAUUGAGAGAUCGUUUCGCUUUCGGAUCGUGACUUAUCGAGAAAUUGUUCCACUUUUCGGUUUUUGGUAGGUAUUUUUCGAGGUCAAGGGGCGUGUCUAUCGAAAGAUAAAAAGAACGUGCGUAAAAGAAGAAAUUAUAAAAGAGAAAGCGGAAGAGAAGGAAGCUGAAGGGCGAGCCUGAGAGACAACAUUAAUAGGGCCUACCAGCUGUUUAGCAUUUAACGCGGCCCUCUCAUCGACCGUACCGAAUGUAUCCUCACACACACAUAUCACUAGGUAGUUCUCUAUUCAUCGAAGAGCGUCCCGCGAAGUUAAUUUUAGGAUUAGUGCCUCAACAAAAACGACACACGUUCGAUGAUCGGCUACGCGGGGUGACGCAAAUAGGAACGUCGUAAUACAGCGUUGUACUGUAAUUCGGCGUUGUACGGAGAAAUUCUGCAGUUAUCCUCAAAGAGGCGUCUACUUCGUCGGGUUUUUUACGGACCGAAGAAAUUUAAUACGUUCGUUACGCGAGUUCGCGCGCGCACCUUUCGGGUUUACGGUGAUUCUCCCGCCGGCGGGAUAUAAUCCGAUUCGCGCGAAUCCACACUUCGAUCGUAAACCGCUUCGAGCGAAGCGCAUCCGCCGUCUGCCGGUGGAAUCGACGAUGAAGCGGAAACGUCAGACACACAAAUCGACGCUCCGAUUUAAAUUUACUGUCGCCGUAUCAACACGAAAUGUCACGCGUAAUUGGACUCGAAACGUCAUUUGUUUGCGAGAGUUGUCACAAUGACGAGAUAUUUCGAGGACAACUGUCAAAGAUUACGGGAGAAUUCGAUCGCACCUCGUGCGCACAAAACACUCUCCGUUGAACGCGUUUCGUAUCGCGGCGAUUCCUUUAUUUCGCGUCACCCUGUAGACCAGAAGUGCACAACAUUCGGCCUGUUUCCCUCUACGGCGGUCUCGCCCGUCUGUCUCUAUUUAUUCCACGUGGAGCAACUGGCUAUCGCAAGAACUUGUCGCGAAGCAUUGCCGAAAACGGAAGCCACCUUUCCGAGCUAACUCUUAUUUAAGCCGAAUGUCGCUCGCUUUGACACCCGAGCCGUGCACUCCUGCCCGCAAACAGAUUGUUCCUGCUCAAGAGCCGAGAGCUUCGGAGGAAAGACGUAAUAGAAGGAGUAGUUGUACGCGAUAUUGUAUAGAGAAGAAACACUAAAUGUUCCGUAUUUUUGUGUCAAGUUUAAUUAGAAUCGUCGAGAGAAAGAGAGAGAGAGAGAGAGAGAGAGAGAGAGAGAGAGAGAGGAAGGGCCAUAGCACAUAGAAAAAUAUAAGUAAUAAAACUAGAGCAGUAAGGUCAAUGGUAUACGUAAAAACAUAAGAACAGUAAGACACACAAACAGUAAGAUUUAAGCGGCGAGCAAAUUGACCGGUCAUAAUCAAUUAUUCUUAUGACGUAAUGAAAAUAGCUGACUAAGGUCGGUCAAUUUGCUCGCUGCUUAAGUUUCAUUUCUACAUAAUAAUCAUUGAUAUUAUGUAGGUUUUGCUUCUGCAUACUGAAGUAAAAAAUGUUUAGUAUUUGUGACUGUACAGUCGCAUGGUGAAGUAGUUAUAAUCGGAAAAUUUUGGCAGCCAACGCUGCUAUAACAUUGUUAAAUAAUAACCUCAUAUUCAUAUUGCCAUUAUCUUUUUGUUCUAACAACAAUAAGAUAUGUUUGGCGCCAGAAAUGACUGUAAUUCGCAGUGAAAUUUUAUUCUGCACGCGCCGGCAUGACAGCGAGUCAGUCGAUCACACUCGAAAAUCAUGGAGAUCGUAAGGGACACUCUACAAUGGUUGCAAGAGUAUAGUAAGUUCGUAAGAACCCAUUUCCUGUGUAGUAGGCCAUAGCGUAAGAUCAUAAGCAAAAUUGAUUAUUUUCAUUUCUUACGCCUUACGGCCUCACGUCGACAGUCAGAAUAAAAUAGCACAUUAAGGCUCUAAUCUUCUCCCUCACAAUUGGUUCGCGCCUUAUGUUUUGCUGUAAGUUGUUGUCGACGGUGUCGUCUUAAGAUGAUGAAAUUUUACGACUUUCAGCUAAAUGCCAUGGACUUACAGCCGUUCUGUUACGGCCGUUAAGAGUAUUGAAAUUCUCAACUGAUCGAUCAAUUGGCUUACUGCUCACAAGUCUUUCUCACCACUUAGACUUGUGAACGUCUGUGCGCCAUGGCCCUGACCUGUUUGUUCAUUAUUAUCAAAUAAAAUUCGUAUAUAUCGAGCGCACCUCGCAUACGCACUGAGUCGCUCCAAUUCCGUGCUUUGUGACGCGCAAUUUGUAUUAUUCGACGCUCGCGUAAUUACGUUUGAACUGGAUUCGAUUAUACGAAGAAGCGCGCGUAAAAGCUCGAUGAAACGAUGAAGAGACAAUCGAGGCGAGUUCAGAUCGACCGUGCAGAUUUGUUUCGCUUUUCGAAUUUGUUCUAUCGCUUUAUUCGGCAGAUUCGACGAGUCUCAUAUCCGGCUAUUCUUAUCAGCAAAAUAUCAAUUAUUACUAGUCGGUAAAAUCGAGCACGCCUGCUCGAACGCGUUGCGAUCCAGAAGCGCUUUUUAACUUCGUUCCGAAUUCUCUGUCGUACAUUUCUGAUGCUUUCAAGUGUCUCUAGCACGGUGGAACCAAAUGCGUAGUGACCAAAUGCAUAGCGAUAAGAAUAUAUUUUAGCGUAUUACCCCCCGAGAGAUAUUAUUAAUUUAAGUUACUCGAAAUACAUUUGCAUCGAGUAAUGUCAUACACUAGGUACCGAAUGUGCAACAAAGCGAGAAUACAAAAUUGAAGUAUUCAAUCAAAAGAAAGAAAAAGAAGAGAAGAUUAAAGAGACUUUUAUUCAUUUAGUUAUUGUAAUAUUUAGUUUGCACAUUAUAGGAGGCGUACAACGAUUAUUAUAUAUUUGAUAUUUGAUUGAUUUCAUAUACAUAUAUACAUAUUAAAUAUUUUGGUUAUAUUUGCUUAAAUUAGAUAUUUUUUAUUGUGCGAUUAUUUUGUAUUACGUAGCUUAUAUACUUCGCUCGAUCGAUUUAGUUUAAAGGGAGAAUUAUGCUUAGCGGACGACGUUAUUUUGUAUCUGUUUAGUUGGAAAUGAAAAUCUGUGUUAAAUAUGCAGAAGCAGAGUGGCAUGGUGUUAGAAUAAAAUUGCGAACCGUUAAAAAUCGUCGUCCUCUGUGUGUGUAUGUGCGCGUGUGUGUUCCUCUUUAUUCCGUUUCAUAAAGAACCGAUCACUAGAGCCACGACGGCUCGCUGCUUUUUGUUCCGUUCCCAUCGCGCGCCCCCAAAUUCCCACGCCCACUUGUUGAAGAACAUGCAGAUUACGAAACGAGCGAUUUAUAAAAAUAAAAAAACCGGCGCUUUCAAUCGUGCGAGGAUUAAUCGACGAUAGGGAAUCGAUUUGCGAGGAGGGAUCUGAUUUCUUACCAAAAUCCAUCUCGCGUCCCCGUUCGCGAGCAAUUCCAAUCAAAUCGUACCGGUGAGAGAAAAUGUCAAUCCGAACGGAAAUAAUUUAAUUUUGCUAUAUUCAUUUAUAUUACAAAUUGCCACUAAAUGCAUUGAGAAAAAAAUACUUAAA